AUGAGAAUUUGGACGAGUGAACACGUUUUCAAGUGAGUUUCUAGGUUUUUUUUAAAUUUUAUACAGCUGAAUAUGUAUAUUUCAUCAUUUUCAGCCAUGAAUGGGAAACUGUUGCAACUGCAGCAUUCAGAAAAUAUCCUAACCCAUUAAAUCGAGCAGUUACUGGUAUUGACGUAUUACGGCAGAGCUUAGAAGCUGGAAAAAUUAUGACCGAGCGAAUUAUUCAAUCACAUUUCUCAAUUCCAAGCUGGGCAACUAAGGUGAGAUUUUGGUAUUUUUGUUUUUAUUUAAAAAUAUUCAAUGAAUUUAUCCUCGAUUUUUGUUCAAAUUUCCCGAUAGACAUUUUUUAUUCGUCAGAAAACAGCUGUCAGGAGUUUUUCAAUAGAAGAAAACGAGAAAAGAUGAUCAUUCUUUGAUCGAUCUUUAAUUUGUUUUAUUUUUGGUCAUGCGAUCACACUUAGAUUGAUAAGACAUCACAAUAUCAUUAAUUAAUCUUUCAAAUAUUUAAGCUCACUGGAUUUUCUGGAACACAAUAUUCUCACGAGUAUACUGUAGUCGAUCCGCUGAAUAAAGAAUUUUCAUUAAUAACUAGAAAUGUAAGUUUUUUCUAAAUUUUGAAAAAUUAAGAUCUCAAUUAUUUUCAGUUAAAUGGUGCCUCAUUUCUUCGAGUUGAUGAAAAAUUAACAUAUACACCGCUUGAAGAAGAUCCAACAAAGUUAGUUUUUUUUUAAUUGAAUUUUGAUUUCGAAAUUUUCAGAACCGUGCUGAAACAGGAUGUGAGUGUCACAAUUACAUUACCCGCAUUUGCUGACUAUUGUGAAAAGACAUUCUUAAGUAUAUAUUCACAAAAUGCUAAUAAAGUGAGUUUAGAAAACAAAUUUGAAUUGAAAAAUAAAUAUUUUUUGCAGGGUCGACAAGGCGUUGAAUGGGUGAUUGAUAAUUUGAAAAAAGAAUAUGAAGAAAUAUCGAAAAAGGUUAGUGCAUGGGCUUCGGAUAUCAAAGGGGCGAAAAACGAUUAGGAUGUGAGUUUGAAAAAUGACAAAAAUUUUAAGUAAAAUCAAAAAGUUUUUGGAUUGGUUGACCUCUCAAGAAUAAAUAAAUAUAGAACAUUGAAAAAACACAAACCUAUUGAUUUUUUACAGGUAUCAAGUGAAGUUCAAGAAAUGUCGGAAAAAGUUCGAUCAGUCAUCGCCUCGAAUCCAAAAUCAUCAAGAUGA